AGAAAUCAAUCUGACGGAGCGUUUCCAUUGGUUACAGCCUCCUGGUACCCAGGAAAGAGGAUGUAGCAUCUCCUGCAGUAGCAUAGCAAACAGGGCAUAUGAGAGGAAAGGGCGGCUGUUGUGCGGUAAAUAUGGGACGAAGAAUGGCCUUAUGAACGAGGAGGUGAUGAUUCACCGCCAGGUGAUACUGACCCAGAACUUGUACCAGAGCAGGUUUCUCGGGCUUGCAGCUAUGGCCUCUCCAUCUCGUGCAUCUCAGGGCAGGAGGCGAUGUAAGGACCCGAUCCGUCACAGUUUUAACCCUGAGCAGUUCCCUAAUGUGGACUUCCAGAACGGCGUGGCGGAGGAUCUGGCGGCGGCCGUGCUGCGCUCUACCAGCGACACUGACCUGCUGACAUCCCACUGCCGCUCCACCCUCACCGUUAGCACCUCCAGCUACACCAUCGGUCAGACGCAGGACAUCACCCUCAGCUGGGACAUCAAGGAGGAGGUGGACGCCGGAGACUGGAUUGGCAUGUACCUCAUUGAUGAGGUUCUGUCAGAGAAUUUCCUGGACUACAAAAACCGGGGUGUGAACGGCUCGCACAAAGGGCAGAUUAUCUGGAAGAUUGAGGCCAGCUCCUAUUUUGUGGAACCGGAGACUAAGAUCUGUUUUAAAUAUUAUCAUGGAGUUAGUGGAGCGCUUCGGGCCACAACACCAUGCGUGACUGUGAAGAACCCCUCUGCACCGGUGUUUAAGCCGGUGGCCACAGACGAUGUUCCUCAGAGUCAGGGAAGAAGGAGACUCAUCAGCUUCUCUCUGUCAGAUUUCCAGGCCACCGGACUGAAAAAAGGCAUGUUUUUUAACCCCGACCCCUACCUAAAGAUCGCUAUCCACCCUGGCAAACACAGCAUCUUCCCAGCGCUGCCUCACCAUGGCCAGGAGAAGAGAUCCGGCAUCGUCUGCAAUACCAUUAAUCCUGUUUGGCAGAGGGAGCGCUUUAAUUUUGUGUCUCUGCCUACGGAUGUGUUGGAGAUUGAGGUGAAGGACAAGUUCGCCAAAAGCCGUCCCAUCAUAAAGCGUUUCUUGGGCAAGCUGUCCAUGCCAGUGCAAAGACUACUGGAGAAGCAUGCUAUCGGUGAUCGAGUGGUCAGCUAUACUCUGGGUCGAAGACUUCCAACAGAGCAUGUCAGCGGGCAGCUGCAGUUCAGGUUCGAGAUCACCUCCUCCAUUCAUCCAGAUGAUGAAGACAUGUCUCUCAGCACAGAGCAGCCGGUGGCAGCAGCAGAAGCUCAAGCUCAGCCUCAAGCUGAAGACACCAUGAGUUUAGAUCUCGGAGCCCCGGAGCUGCCCUUAGAUGGAGAUACGGCUUCAGUCGAGAUGCCCAUGGAUGUUGAAUCUGGUCAGAGUUGUGCAGCUGAAGCAGAUGUCAUAGAGGAAGAGUGUUUAGAGGAAGAACAGCAGGAAGGAGAAGCAGCAGCAGCAGCAGCAGCAAUGGAGCAAAGUGAAACCAAUGCAGAAGAAACAACACAAGUCUUGGAUCCCAUCAAUGGCGCUGAAGAAGAAGAAGCAGAGAAUAAUUGCGCCUUUGCAGAAGAGUCUUCAGAUGCUCGCGCAGGAGAGGAAGAUGAAGCGAUUUCAGAUCCGCAGCCAGCUUCAGAAGAGCCGGAUGCGGAUUUAGAGGAAGACUGUUCACUGAGGAUCCGAACCACUCCAAGAAGGAAACCCCGUCCCUGCUCUUUACCUGUCUCUGAGCUUGAGACGGUCAUUGCUUCAGCCUGUGGGGAACCUGAAACGCCACGCUCUCAUUACAUCCGAAUACACCACCUGCUCCACAGCCUGCCGGCCACUCAACCGCAGACAGGAGACUCCGCCGGGCCUGAACCAGACCGACCAAUGGGUGUAGAGGAGGAAGAUGAAGAGGAAGAAGAAGAAGGUGUAACUCUUGAAGAUCAUGCUUUAACACCCAAUGGCCCUCGCAGGACUCUUCCUCGCAGCCGCUCUCACGAACGCCUCUCUGACCUCAUUCAGAUGCUGGAUGGAGAUGGACAUCCGCUUGGGGCUGAGGGGCAAACCGGAAAUCAGAGGUCACCUGAUUUGAGCCCAGUGGCGUGCUGCAGUCACAUGUCCCCGAGAGCUUCUGGUCCCAUUCGGGCACAAUCCCUAGACAGUGCGCGGAGGUCAGAGAGUACGGUGUUCUCCUCGCAGGAUGACGAGGACGAGAUGGAGCAGCCAAAUGGCAUUCUGGGAUCAGAGACGGAAACAGAGCAGGGCGCUCAAUGUCGGGAGCCAGGCGACGGGAGCUGUCAGUGGGAGGAGGCACCGGACAGUCACGUUCAGAGCCCUCAUGGCAUUGUGGGUAAUGGAGAAGUGGCCGGACCGAGCGGCAGACGAGAAUGUCCUUUGCCUUGUAACCACCCUGCAGUGAGUCAGCUGCCUGCCCUGCGGCCCGAUCCACACCACUAUCCCACCAUUGAUGAGCCGCUGCCGCCCAACUGGGAGGCCCGGAUCGACAGUCACGGUCGUGUGUUUUAUGUGGAUCACAUUAACCGGACCACCACUUGGCAAAGACCCACAUCUGCAGCCACGCCGGACGGCCUACGCAGGUCUGGAUCCGUCCAACAGAUGGAGCAGCUCAACAGGAGGUAUCAGACAAUCCAGAGGACGAUGGCCACCGAGAGGAGAGAAGAGGAAUCAGGAAGCCCCCGUAAUGACAGAACAGCCAAUACUGAGACAGACUCACCUCUGCAAACAAACGAGUUGAGGAGAGACACCUCAUGUUCUCCAGGCCACUGUCAGAAGAUUACGUUACUGUUACAGAGUCCAGCGGUCAAAUUCAUCACUCACCCAGAGUUCUUCACUGUUCUCCACGCUAAUUAUGGUGCAUAUCGAAUGUUCACCAACAGCUCGUGUCUGAAACACAUGGUCCUGAAAAUUCGACGAGAUGCUCGAAAUUUUGAGCGCUACCAGCACAAUCGUGACCUGGUGACGUUUCUGAACAGGUUUGCAGACGCUCAGCUGGAGCUGCCGCGCGGCUGGGAGAUCAAAACUGACCCGCAGGGGAAGUCAUUUUUUGUAGACCACAACAGUCGUGCCACAACCUUCAUCGAUCCCAGAAUCCCCUUGCAAAACGGCAGAUUACCAAACCACCUGACGCACCGCCAGCACCUGCAGAGAUUACGCAGCUACAGCGCAGGAGAGGCAUCUGAGGUGUCGCGCACCCGAGGGGUGUCUUUGUUAGCCAGGCCUGGAAACAGCCUGGUAGCAGCCAUACGAAACCAAAGCCAGCAGGAGCCUGUGCCAUUAGCGUACAAUGAUAAAAUUGUAGCAUUUUUACGGCAACCAAACAUCUUCGAGGUGCUACAGGAGCGUCAGCCCAGCUUUGCCAGGAAUCACUCACUCAAGGAUAAAGUGCAUCACAUCCGAACCGAAGGCACACAGAGACUGGAGAAGCUGUCAUGUGAUGCUGACCUGGUCAUGCUGUUAAGUUUGUUUGAGGAGGACAUCAUGUCUUACGUUCCUCUCGCAUCAUUUCACCCCGGGUUCAACUUUUCACCUCGCUGCUCUCCUGGUUCUUCUCCCCAGAACUCUCCAGGCUUUCUGGAGCGAACUCCUCUCGUUCCAGCCUGCUGUCUGUCUGGUGAGAGCUCUCCAGGGACCCAGAGGGCUCGGGCUCCAGCGCCGUACAGAAGAGACUUUGAGGCCAAAUUGCGCAACUUCUACAGGAAGCUUGAGGCAAAGGGCUACGGGCAAGGGCCUGGGAAGAUAAAAUUGAUCGUCAGAAGAGAUCAUCUUUUAGAAGGAACGUUUAACCAGGUCAUGGCCUACUCACGUAAAGAGCUGCAGAGAAACAAGCUGUACAUUACCUUUGUGGGAGAGGAAGGUCUGGACUACAGUGGCCCAUCGCGAGAGUUCUUCUUCCUGCUGUCUCAGGAGCUGUUUAACCCUUACUAUGGCCUGUUUGAAUACUCCGCCAACGACACAUACACAGUCCAGAUCAGCCCCAUGUCUGCUUUUGUGGAGAACCACUUGGAAUGGUUCCGCUUCAGUGGUCGAAUUCUCGGCCUGGCUUUGAUUCAUCAGUAUUUGUUGGACGCUUUCUUCACUCGGCCAUUUUAUAAAGCUCUUCUCAGACUACCCACUGAUCUCAGCGAUCUGGAGUAUCUGGAUGAGGAGUUUCACCAGAGCUUGCAGUGGAUGAAGGAAAAUGACAUCACUGAUGUGCUGGACCUCACCUUCACUGUCAAUGAGGAAGUGUUCGGACAGGUGACAGAGCGGGAGCUGAAGUCUGGCGGGACGAAUGUGCAGGUGACGGAGAAAAAUAAGAAGGAGUACAUUGAGCGGAUGGUGAAGUGGAGGGUGGAGCGAGGCGUUGUCCAGCAGACACAGGCUCUGGUGCGAGGAUUUUAUGAGGUGGUGGACUCUCGUCUGGUGUCUGUGUUUGAUGCCAGAGAGCUGGAGCUGGUCAUCGCAGGAACAGCAGAGAUCGAUUUGAACGACUGGAGAAACAACACAGAGUACAGAGGAGGUUAUCAUGACGGGCACAUUGUGAUCCGCUGGUUCUGGGGAGCAGUGGAGCGCUUCAAUAAUGAGCAGCGGCUGCGUCUGCUGCAGUUUGUGACGGGCACCUCCAGCGUGCCGUAUGAGGGCUUUACCGCCCUACGUGGCAGCAAUGGACUGAGACGCUUCUGCAUUGAGAAAUGGGGAAAGAUCACAUCACUCCCAAGGGCGCACACAUGCUUUAACCGUCUGGAUCUUCCACCAUAUCCAUCCUACACGAUGUUAUACGAGAAACUCCUGAUCGCUGUGGAAGAGACCAGCACUUUUGGCCUUGAGUGAGGGCUUCACAUGAAACACCGUCCUCUGGGAGAGCUCCACUUGUACACUGUAUGUAUUUCUCUACUAGCGUGGAUCGUUUCUUUGGUUUGUUCAGGACACCACUGCAUGCUUCUGUCGCCUGCGCAGGUGGACGGUGAGUAACGGGUACACAAUAGUGAUCAAAAAAAAGAGAAGCCUUCAACCUGCUUUAACACUCAGGGCCUCGACCUCCGCUGGAGUCGCUCUCAGUUCACACACACCAUCAUCAUUUCAACGCAAAACCGCCACGGCCGGCGUCCUUCACAUUUUCACAUCGAUGAGAAUUGUAAAAUGAAAAACCAAAUACGCUCACAGAAAAUAUUGAACGAAGGUGCCGUGAUUACUGUACAUGUGUGCACUAGUGCUGAGUUCACAUAAUCUCACCCCACACCACAUCAUCACAGGAAGUGACGUCAUUUUGCAGGAGUCAAAGAAGUGGGAUUAUGGAUGUCCAAACCUUGCUUUGAUAGUUUUGGGUUAUUAUUAUUAUUAUAGUUAUAAUAAUGGGAUGUAUUCAAAGCAUCAGUAAUGUACAUUGAAAGAUGGAUGUUCAAGGCUUCAUGCCGUUUCAUGUUUCGUCUGUAAUGAAAUUCAAACUAAUUUUGCCGAAAAAGAACUUUGUGUGACGUAUACCACGGUCUUAAGGAUGUAAGAUAUGUUCUUUAAUGUACUUUAAUGCUAAUCAACGGAACAAAUUCGAUCAGAAUAUAUUUAAUGUUUAUAGGGAUUCACAAAGCUGGUUCUGAAAGUACAGUUUUACAUUCAUUUUUUCCAUAGGAAAGUCUUUGUUAGUACAUUUUGAGCCAUCUACGAGGAGAAUCGCAACAUAAAACUUCAUUUGAAGCAAGAUUUAAAACAAAAUAUGUGAAAGUUUGACAAAAAAAAAAAACAGAAGUACAAGACUCUGUUCUUAAUGGCUUUAAUGAAGGAAAGAACUACAACCCCAUGAAGCACUGCAAAAAAUCAAAAUCAACAGAAAAGACAGAAAUAUAAAAAUAUUUAUUUAAUUGUUGGUUGGAUCUAAUAUAUUUCAGGUUUAUAGCAAAAUAUAAAUACGUAUGCAGUAAGCAUUUUGAAGGGAGCAUUUUUAAAGACCAGUUUUGCUGCACCUUUCUGAUUGGUGGAAAUUCUGUACUGCAUUAUGGUUAAUGUAGUUUUUCUCCACAAAUACUAUUACUAAGCAGUUUUUUUAAAUAGAUUAUUAUGUAUGUAAUUAAUGUAAACUGUUGUGUUUAGAAAAAGCAUAUACAAAUAUUUAACAACCUCAGAGAUUAAAAGAGAUCCGACUUUAAAAGUUUCUUUACAGUAAGUUCUUGUGGAGAAAAUAAAUGGAGUUUUUAACUUUCAGAACUUGACAGUUGCUCCCUAUUAAACAACUAUGGAACAUCAGUGAUUGGUUGAUUUUGAACCAAUGAGACUGCACUGUGGAUGGAGCCUCCCAGCAAUGAGUUGAAAAUGUAAACGUCUUAAGACACUGUGUAAAGUUGAAUUCAUUGUGACGACGAUUUUAAGCGAUUUGAAUGAACAAAUAAUGGCGCGAUGUGGGUGUGUACUUUAUGCAAAUAAGUAAUGCAGUGCACAGCCAAUGGAAAUUAAUAUUGUUCAUUGAGAUUAUUUAUGCACUGCUGCAUAAUUUUUUUUUAGCGUGCCAAUUUCUAGAGUCUGAAAUAUAUCCGCUUGUUAACGCCCCAUUCACAUUGUGUGUCAGCAUCAAUGCUUCCCAUUCAAUUUGAAUGGGUGACGUCAGGCAUUGCCGUGCUGCAUUGUGGAUCCAUUGGCGCCGCUUCAGUGGCAGUGCUCGCUGCAGAAGUUGGGAGUUUUUUAACUUUUCAAGCGCGGAUGGAAGCGUCAGCCAAUCAGAACACUGUAUGCAAAUACACCAGCUCAGACAGUAGCAGAUUGCUGACUAAUUUCAUUGGCUGACGCUGCUUUGACGAUCGCGUCAGCCCCAACUUCAGACACGCCCUCUUUCAAGUGUUGACGCUAAAGUCCCGUGUGAAUCAGACUCAACAAAUAGUAAUAAUAAACAUUUACAUAGCGAUUUAAUAGUUUCGAAAAUCACAAUCUCAAUAUAUAUAUCCAUGCCUAAUAUCCAAUGGCCAGAAAGGGAUAAACUUUUUAUAAAUUGUUCAAAUAUUGAUGUCUGUGAUGCAGCACGUCUAGAGACUGUUGUGCACACCAUUUCAUAUAAAAUUCACAUUAAUGUGUGGUAGGACUAAAAAGUGGCCAUAAACGAAUAUUUUCUCCGUUCAACCGAGUAGCAGCUUGGACCUACUGUAAAAACUGUAUACGUCAAGACUUAAAACAAAACUGCAUUUGCUUUUUCAGAAAAACAUAUUCGUUUGUUAUUUAUUUAUUUCCGUUUUUAAGCCCAGAAUUUUUAUAACCGUCUGCAUUCCCCUUGGCAGCUGCUGCAUCAUAUUUGCUGCUCAUUUGCAUAAACGUUGUUGUCGCAUCACUAGCUUUCACUGAUGCCACGCUACGCUCUCCCAAUGUUUAUAAAAAUGUGCUUUUAUUUUUUCUCUUACUUAUAUGUCUUUUUAUGAGUACAAUUAUUAAAAGGACUGUAAGAAAUGACCAAAUAGGAUUUGUGCACCAAACGUUGCGACCUUUAGAGUUUCAGCUGUUUGUGUGUUUAAAGGUGAAGAGCAGUCAGAUCUUCUCAAAGUGAUUUAUUUAUUCAAAAGAGGAAGUUUAAUGUCAGAGUGGUUUAAUGGUGUGGGCUGGGUUAUUGACGACUAUAUUCCUGUGCUGAAGUUUUUAUCAUUGUUCAUGUUUACAUUUUUAAAAUGAUGUGAAUGUUUAUUAUACAUGAAUCGUCAUAAUUGUCUUAACAUGAUGCCUUCAAAGGGGCAUGUGUUUCUGUGUCUAAUCCACACCUCGUCCAUCACUCUUAGUUUUAUCUCCAAAUAUUUUCCUAAAGGGAUUGUUCACACACACACAAAAAAAUGUUAUGGAAGGUGAUUGGCCAAAAGUCUUUAAACAAAAUGCAUUCAAUUUGAUCUUGUCCAAUAAGUGUGUUAAAUUUGAACAAUGUUUUCAUACACCGUCUGACCAUUUUGAUAGUAGACAUUUUUAUGUAAAGGGAUAUAACAUAUAAAGUGCAUACGUAUGUGCCAGUAUACCGUUACAAUAUCCUUCAUGAAUAAACUUGUCAUUUGAUAUUUGUAUAUGUAUAUCCUAAUGUUCCAUCGAUGCACAUAAUCAAAUUUUAUCUGUUACAGAAGAUUUAAUGGCUGUUACGCUUGAUAUGUCGACUUUCAAUUAGUUUAAAGACGUUUUGGCACCAUUCACCCUCCAUAUUGUCUGAAACGUAAACCUAAAAUAAAUAAAUAAUCGCAGCAUUAAAACGAACCACACCUCCACUCUGCUUAAGAUAUUAGGAAUGUAGAAAAAGUGCAUUUGUAUUAUUUAUCCCAAUGAAGAAAUUAUAAAAUGUCUGUAUAUCAAACGUGUACAUAUUUGCUUGAACGGUCUAUGUAAAACACAGAUUUUAAAAUGUGAUGAAUCAAUUCAACAGCUCAUCUUUUUUUAAGAAACACAUCUUCAUACUUACUAUUUGCGUAAUGUUGGGUUUCUCAAGUGUAUAUUACUAUGCAUAUUUGGUUGGAGUUAUAGGAAAUGCUUCUCUUUGACGGAUGUUUGUGAAGCUUGUUUCUUCAUUUGUGGAGGCACUCGCAGCUGGCGGGAAAUGUGUGAGAGAAAUGAGGAGAAGGUUCUGGAUCAGUCAGCAAUGCCUCACUGCCUCCCUAUGGAAACAAAAACAAAAAACAGAAAUAUUUGGCUCCUGCUUCCACCUCGGACACAACCCCUUGGCCUGCUUAUGUCUUUUUACACUUUAAUCUAUAUGUAUGGAAGAAGAGAAGACGAGCGCAAAUGUACAAAUGUUUUGAAUCGUGUCUGAGGUAACUUAUAGCGCCUCUCUCAGGCUGAGCUCUGUAACUACAACAUAAUAAACACUUAACGAAUGUCAAUAAACAAUCACUUUCUAUUGCA